GUUUAAUUAGUAGUAAACUACUUUACGUAAAUCGACUUUUGACUGUUAGCAUAAAUGAUGCUAAAUACUGGUGAAAUCAUAAAAUUUACCAUCAUAAAUGCAUUAGGUGACUAUGAAGUGAAAUUAAUUCUCUUCAAUCAAUCUUAACGGUAUAAACCUUUUUAGGUGGUUCACGUUUAUACUUGAUACCGAUUGAUAGUCGUUUUCAGUAGCUCAUAUACUCUACUUAAUUGGACUUUCUGUGGCCUAACUCAGCUGAAUUUUGAAGUGGCCAUGAAUCAUGCGGUUUCACGGUGGUAAUUGCUCAAGAUAUGCAUGAAGUCAUAGACGCUUUCCGCAUGGAAACACACAAUGAUCAGAUAACACGUGAUCGAUGUUGUAAAAAUUGAUAAUAUCAUUUCAUUUUCGGGAACCAAAGAAUGAGUGUUCCAAACCCUGAGUUUUGAACGAUGUCAAACAAAAAUCAAGGUGCAGAUAUCAGUAAUCGCAAUACGGCAUUAUACAUAUUCAUAAAAGUUUGCAAGACGUUUGAACAAAGGGGGCUUGAUAAUUUAUCUUUGUGCACCCAAGUACAUACUGUCGAAAGCCGUUUUCUUUAUGAAAGAAAUAUGACUUAUAUUUGGAAAAUGUGUCUGUCUUGCAAAAUCCUGGAGGAAUGUGAAGAAAUUGUUUGCAGUAAUAUCCCAGUCAAUGGAACUUUUGUCCCAGAAUACGUGAUUGGAUGUGAAUUGGCCUGUCCUUUCGGUAAAAUUUCUUGUCAAAAGAAUGAAGAUAACAGCAUCGCUUGGUCGCCAUCUGAUCCAUGUGCACAAUCAUUAACGACGACGACAAUAACAACAACAACAACAACAACUGACACCAGUCCCCUAACUACUUUGAACAUUAUCUUAGAUUCAACUACUACCUUACAAUUAAAUGUGACCUCUGUUUUUAAUGAUUCUAACGAAUCCUUCAUAAGGUUACAAAGUACUCCUACUCAAAAUGUUGGCACAGAUCUUCCAAUUGAUUUAGAUAAAUAUGUCGGCCUUUCAAAAUCAUGGACUUUAUUCUGGUUGAUACCUUUGAUAUUGUUCAUCACACUGCCUACCUUAUUUUUAUGCUGUCUAGUUAUUCAUCAUUUUCAUAAGAAGAAAGAUCCUUCUGCAUCUUCUUGGACCAGAUGCUCUCAACCAUACACAUUAGGAACACUAAUAGGUCAAAAUGGUCAAUAUACACAGGAAAAAAGUAUGAAACGCGAAUCCAGUGAGUCACCGACCAAGUGUCGUAAAAAUGGCCACAAUACAAAUGAUGUACCAAUUCCGAAAUAUAGUAAAUUUAGACCAACAAAACAGUCUAUGCGAAGAAGAGUGUCACCAAGUUUGAAUAGAAGACUUAUUAACUGGCAAGAUUCAGGUAUUCAUGACUUUGCUAUUCCACCUAGUCCAAAAUUUGCAUCAACGAUGAACAUGAGUAAAACUUCACUAAACUAUUCAACUCCUGGUGAAAGUUCAUCUCAAACUCCUUUAUAUUUGAGGAGUUCAUCUUCACAUAUCCUUUCAGAAACCUUACCCAUUAGUUCACAGUAUACCAAAGAUUUCAGGUCAGUCAGUCAGUGUAGUAUGUUAUUUCCACAAAGACUGAAUCUACAAGACAAGUUUUCAACUGAUUAUGAUUUUCAUGAUAGUCGAACAAUUACAACAUUUAAUCCUCCAGAAAAUUGUGACUAUCUUGGAUACUCUAUUAACAAUAACCAUUAUGAUCGAACAGUGGUGACAAUAAAUGAUGAAGAUAUUGAUGAUGCAAAUGGCAAUACAUCCGACCAGGUAUCUUCAAUUACUUUGCAGCCGAUAACUCAACAGAUAAACUCAGAAGUACAUAAUUAUCAACCAUUUAAUGCAUUUACUGAUAUUGAACAUGAGAAUACAAUGUAUGACUCAAACUAUAAUGAUUGGACGAUAGGUGAGACAACUAUUCAACGAAUACCUCGUAUUUAAAUUAUUAGGAGAAUGGUGUUCAAUGUCUUUAUACUUCCUUUCUUUUUCAUUUCAGACAUAUAUUUCUUUGUAUAAAAAAAUAUUAGGAAAAUAUUUGUAAAAAUAUUAAAGAAAGAUUAAAUGUAGUUUUAUGACGAUAAAUUAACCAUUAUCUUUAUUUAACCUUUUGUUGUAAUGUAUAAACUGACAUACCAGACACAUAAACUAUGCUAUCAAAGUCUACUAUUAUGCGAAUCAAAUAGAUAUCACUGUCAAAACUGUCUUCGAUAAUUCACAAUACGAUUCAUUUUCUUCUUUGUGAUAUGCUGAAAGAAGACUGCAAUGUAUACUUCUACUGGCAUUUUCUUAUAACUUUUUAUCAUAUCUUGUAAAUUAUGAUAUAAAUAAAUAUAAAAAUAUAUAUAAAUUAAUUAUUUCAUUUGAAAAGUCUUGUGUGUUAACACACUCUGACUGUUAUGCAAGUUUGAAGUUGUUUUCAAAAACGCCAGUGUUUGGUUUAUACUAACAAACUUCACUGUUUCUUAACUAGUAUGCCAAGUUUUCUUCUUUUCACUGUUAAGUGCCAAAAAUAACCAUUGGUGAAAUAAUAACCAAAUAAAUGAAAU